GUCAUUUAACCUACUUUCCCUUCCGCCCCAACAAGAAGAGACGUGGCGCGUCACUGCUCAUGGACUAUUGACAGCGUUCUUUGGUCCCAGCGAAUUUGUGGCGACAAAGUAACUUACUUUACCAAGGAGAACGGAAAACCCACUCGUUACCGUGUGCCAUCCAGCCGAGAUCCUCACUGGUGUUGACCUGGGUCACCAUGGCACCCACUCUGUUUGAUGAGAAACCUGAGAUUGGGGACCUGAUAGAGAUCUUCAGAGGAACUUACCAGCACUGGGCUGUAUACAUCGGGGAUGGACACGUCAUUCAUGUGGCACCGUCCAAUGAACAGGCAGGAGGGGGAGCCUACAGCAUGAUGUCAAUGCUGUCUGACAGGGCUUUCAUAAAGAAGACGGAAUUGUGGGAUGUUGUGGGAACAAACCAGUACCGCAUCAACAAUCUCCUGGACGAUAAGUACGAGCCCCGGCCUGCCCAUGUGAUCCAGCGAGAGGCCCAGAGACAGGAGGGUCAGGAGGUGCCAUUCAGCGUGUUCCAGGGGAACUGUGAGCACUUUGCCACAGAGCUGAGAUACGGCAAGGCAGAGUCACGCCAGGUGCACCAUGCGGUUGAGGUUGGCGUGGGGGUGGGGGUGGCCACAAUGAUCGGAGUGGGUGUUCUUGCUGCAGCGGCAGCCAUCUUUGGAAGUGGACGCAAGGAGAAGAAAAGAGAGAACUAAACAGAAGAACUACAGCUCCCUUCAAGGGGAAGCACACCACUGCCAGCACAUUAACUACUGAAUUACAAAUCAACUACUGAAAUAUAACAGGAUAAAAGAUUUAGCAGAAUAAAGGAAACUAAAGGUUUUGUAAAUGAAACACCUUUGAGUGUAGGUACAACCAUAGUGCAGUGAACCAUUUAGGGUGCUUGCCAGCAAAGUGUAAAUAAUAGCUGACUGAUUUCUUUAGGUUUCAGCACUAAGCUCAAAAGUGCACAAGCAUUACUAUUGUUUGGAGAGUGAAGACGUUCCUACCCACAGCCUUUAAAAGGGGUGUGUAUUAUUUGCACUAUUGCACACUUCAGUGCCAAAAUGAUUGUGUCUGAUCCAUUCUGGUGUAUUUAAAUAAAUAUAUGUCAGCCUUUCAAUGCAGUUCAUAGCAUUUCAAUGACUUUUCAAAAAGUGUGUUUUGUCAUUACUAUGUGUUAACAAUAGCCGUUGGAAAUGUAUAUGGAAUAACAAAUGUGUGUGACAUAUAUGCCUGUGUAAUGUUAACCAGUCGUAACACAAACGCAACUUAGAACCCAUGUGUAUUGAAACCCCAUGUGUAUUGAAACAAUACUUUGUAAAGCCCAGCAGAACAAACACAACCAUUUAGGUCCCACUUUUAAGUGAAUUUUGAGAUCAAGCUCGAGUGCAGACGAGUUUAAUAUCUGAUGUACAUACUCAAUGUCACCAGAUACCUUUUAAGCACAUGUUCUGUUUUCACUUCUCUGUUAUAGUGCUCCCUUGUAGGUACGAAAAAUAGUUAAUACAGAAUGUUUGUGCGAAAACAAGAUUUCCCUGUAAAACAUUACUUCCCA